AUGUCAGUCUCUGUAAUAACCACGGUUUUAGCAUGUCUGUGGCUGUCUUAUAGACUCUACAAGUUUCUCACCAUACCCGUGGCCAGCAUCGUCUCCACUCUGAAGAUCAAGACUCCGCCAGCGACGAAGGUCUCUAUCGACAAAAUUGCCACCGAUUCGCUGACUAUUCACUGGGAGAAUGAGCCUGUCAAAGCGGAGAACGGCGGGGUCGGAGCCCGAAACUUCAUCUCCCACUACCUGCUGUACUUGAACAAUACGCAGCUGGCCAUCUUUCCGAACAACCCGAACUCGCUCUACACGUGCUGCUCCAUCACGGGACUCGAGGCAGAAACGCAGUACCAACUGGACUUCAUUACCAUCAACAACAAGGGUUUCAUCAACAAGCUGCCCUCCAUCUACUGCAUGACCAAGGCGAGAGAGGCCAAUGAGACGCUAAAGACAAGAAAAUGGAGAAGGAACACCGUCACCGCGUCCACGGCUAUCCAGCCCCCGAACCUAAAGGCCGACUUGUCCUCGUUGACAUCUCACUGCUCCUCCGUGUCUCUUUCCGCCUUUGCGUCCAACAACACCGGUAGCAGCACGAGCAACAGCUCGCCCCUACCCGCCUACACAUCCUUGACCACGCUAAAAGACUUGGACUCGUUUUCCAUAGACGACUUGAAAAAAAUCUUGAUAUGUGCCCAGGAAGAUCUGCACGAUGUGUUGUCCCAACAAACUUCGCUCUUGCAAGACUUCCAGGAGUCUAAGGUGGAGCUAGAACUAGAACUGGAUAACCUGAAAACCCACUGGUCGCAUGAGAUCGAUUUGAGGAAGUCUUUGAAGUCCAACAUCAAGUCGCUGGAAAACUCUAAACUCUUGACAGAUCUGAAAAUUGAAAAACUAAGCAAGAAAAUCGAUAAGUCCAGGGAAAAAAUAUCGAAAAUGCGCAACGACAUGCAAGAUUGGUCUCAAGAAGACGCCGAACUUUUGUCACAAGACACUAUAAAGGAGAAGUACCUCAGACUACUAAACGAAGCAAAUACUUCUGUGGCCAAGGUCAACCAACAGGUUCUUUCUUUGCAAAAAGAAAUCUCCAACAUGGAGGAGUCUAACAAGAAAUUGAAUGCCACUCGGAAAUCGCUAGUAACGUCCCUAGUAGUGAACGCCAAUGUCGAAAAUGACAAACCCAUUGCCAGCGGAGAACUAUCUGCUGUAUUGAAAAAACUCCUUGAUUUUACUCAAGAGAAAAAUGGUUUUUCAAGUACUUCUGGUGAAGAAUUCUUAUCCAAAUUAAAUGCAGACUCGUCAUUGAUUAGACUGAUCAAGCAAGAAUUAAGCAUCGACCAAGAUUCGGAAACGAACUGGAAAUCACAAAGGUCAAAUUUCCUAAAGAAAAUCAGUAUCUUGGAAAACCAAUUUAAUGAAAUGAGCCUCAACAACAGAACACUCAAAACAAAACUGAUGGUUCAACCAUACAACAAUAACGGCGAUUCGCUUGUGGCAACUAAUUCAAACAACUCCACCGAAAACAACAGAAGUUCCGCAUCGGCCACAUUACCAUUAUCCAACAGCAUGUCAAGAACUGGGUCAAUAGAUUUGAUAUCCAAUAAAAACAUUAUAAACGGAACUAGCAACGGAGACACGGCCCCACAAUUGAGAUUACACAAUCCGGCAUCCUACCCACCUUCAAACGAGCCUACACAACCGCCAGGUAGUCUACUGAGCCAAUUGACACAGGACACUGGAAACAGAUCGAUGCUUUCGAACCAGAUGUCCCCAAAUAGCGAAAAUCAACAACCCUCUUCCUUUUCGCAUGCUUUACCUACGACGGCUACCGUUAUUGCCAAUGCCACAGCAACGAACGGUAAUCCCGAGUCAAAUUUAUGGAAUAACACACAGUUUGCCCAACCGUCGCAUCAACAAGAAUCCGCGGAACUCGAUCGAGCCUUCGAAUACGAUAACGCAAAUCAUUUGAUCAGUGGCCUGCAAAAUAUGAUCUACGAUGAAGCAGACUAUCCAGAUAACAUAAGCAAUUAUUCCAGGGGGUUCACUACCGACGAGCUGGACAAUUACUGGACCAAACAGCAACCGCAAACUCGCAACACGAGGGAGAACUCAUUCUCUACAUCGGGAACACCCAUGUCAUCAUACAAGGCCAAUCCUGUAAUGUCGCCAUAUUCAAACUCACACCUAAGGCAAAACUCCAACGCUACCAACUCGAUGCACCCACAAAGUCUAUUGGCUGCAACAUUGAAUGAUGCUUCAUUGCGAAGUUUUGUACGCGGUGGCUCUUUUUACAAUGCUCCUCAACCAGGAACCCCAUUACAUAACAAUGUAAAUGGUAAUGAAACAGGAAACCUCAGUCCGAGAGUCUCGAACGAAUUCAGUAUGUUAGUACCAAAUCUCAGUCCACGGCGCUCACACGACGUUCCCAUUAUACCAGGAAACAACAACUCAACAUCCUCUCAUUCGAACAUUUUAACAAUGAACCAUCAAACAACGACAGACAGCAACACGUUAUUGAGCAGAUUGAAUGGAGCAGAUAACCAGACCGAUCCGAGCUCAGUGUCUGCAGAGCACACCGCAGGAAGAUCGUUCCAUGCCUCAUCACCUACGUUUAACUCCAUUUGGAACCCAACUACAAAUCAGCCUUCACUACCACUCGAACAAGAACACCACUUCGAUGUGCCUGUAACCCCAAAGGUGCCAACAAGGGACUCUCCCAAACCUUCGCACAAGAGAAACCAAAGCAAUAGCAGUAUCUCGUCAGCCUGGUCUAAGUUCAAGCACAAGUCAACAUCGUCUUCCGGUAAUGCCGAUGCGGAUAUCUUAGAUUCAUCAACUCCACCAACCAGUCCAACCGGCAGAAGAAUGUCGAAACUACUGUCCAAAAGUGGCAUGAAUAACCUGUUUAAACCACACAGUCAUGACUCAUGA